AAGUCUAAUGUCAACAAAAACAAAAAUGACAUCAACUUUAUUGACAAACAUUCAUGAUAUUUUGUCCAAUGAAUCGGAUAAAAACUGUUAUUUAGUGCAAGGCAAUUACCAAUAUUAUCAUUAUGGGUGUGAUGGUUUCGACGAUAGGGGCUGGGGAUGUGGGUACAGAACAUUACAGACAUUGUGUUCCUGGUUAAACCUAAACUAUAAGAAUAUAAAUAGAGUACCAUCUAUAAAAGAAAUUCAAGAAGUCCUAGUUGAACUAGAAGAUAAGCCUAAAAACUUUUUGGGAUCGAAACAAUGGAUUGGCAGUUUUGAGGUUUGUCUUGUUAUUGACAAGCUGUAUGAUGUUCCAUGCAAAAUUGUUCAUGUGAAUAAAGGUGACGAACUGGAAAAGAUAACAGAUAUUUUAAAGCUGCACUUUACUAGUUUUGGUAGUCCUAUUAUGAUGGGAGGAGAUGUGGACUGUUCAUCAAAAGGGGUCAUGGGAGUAACAGUCUCCGAAAGAAACACCAGCCUUUUAAUAGUGGACCCGCAUUAUUUUGGUAAAGAACAGUCAAAAGAAUAUCUACAGAACAAGGACUGGGUGAAAUGGCAGCCAUUGAAUGACUUUUUGAGUACAUCUUUUUAUAAUCUCUGCUUGCCUCAAGUAAAGGCAAAGAACCAGAUAUGAGCCAUUUACACAAAAAUUACGAGGAAACUAAAUAAAACAAGUAAUAAAAAAUCAGUCUUUAUUUAAUUCAUUAAUACACAAUUACAUAAGUUAUGUUAGAAACAAGAGAAGAUUCAAUCAAUCAACAAAUUUUGUUUGUUAUGUUGGUAGCAUUGAUGACUAACUAUGGGUUUCCACCACUAUUUUUUCAGAAACUGAGAUAACCAUCUUACUAAUAAUAUAAAUGCAAUUUAUAAAUAUAAUUCCAUAUUUUUAUAUGAAAUGUAUUAUA